AUGGCCGAAGAUUCUCGAGAUUCCGCCUCUGUCCAGGAGGCUGGCAGUCAUCUUCCCGCAAGCACCCCCAAUACCGAUCCCACGAAACCCAAACACGAUUUCCCUCAGUCGCAAGUUGGCAAGCUAUGGGAUGCAUUCGGCAACCCCGAAGAACCGGUAAACAUGCUCGCCAAUGCGUCCUAUAAGCCUCGUGGAAAGAACCCCAAAGAUGUGUCAUACUCGGAAGUGGUGGGGGAUGUAUCCAUGAGCGAAAUCUCAUCAUUUUACAAAGCUCCAUGCGCGCGGGAGUCGUUAUUAACUGGCAUUGGCGCCGGCUUUGGUAUUGGUGGUAUCCGUGGUGUAUUCGGAGGAAUGCGCUCAUUGUGGUCUGCCGGAAAUUGGGCCGUUGGAGCAUUCGCAAUCACCUCUUUGGCAGCAUACGAGUUCUGUCGCCGUCAACGAAUCGAAGAAAUGCACGGAAUGAAGCAAGCGGUUGAGUUAAUGAAGGAAUUGAAGGACAAGAAACAACGGGAUAAAGAAAAAGCCAUGGAAGCCGCCGCCCAACGGGCAGAGGAGGAACGGCAAAAGAAGAGUUGGACCAACCCUUCAAACUACAAGUUCUGGUAG